AUGAAGGCAUCUGCAAAGAAAUACGAUCGCCAGCUUAGAAUAUGGGGUGCUCAUGGCCAGACAGCCUUAGAGGCAGCUCGAGUGUGUGUCCUAGGAAGCGCUUGCACAGCAACAGAGACAUUGAAAAAUCUGGUCCUUGGCGGCAUUGCUAGCUUCACAGUGAUCGAUGACGCCAAAGUUCAGGCUUCUGAUCUCGGCAACAAUUUUCUGCUGGAAGCCUCAGCCCUGGGGCAGAACCGAGCAGCUGCUGCGACAGAACUUCUACUAGAACUGAACGAAAACGUUGCAGGAUCUUACGUAGAGGAAUCCCCCGAACACCUGCUGGCCAGCAAUCCUCGCUUCUUUGCUGAUUUUCAGCUCAUAUUGGCAACGCAGAUGACAGAGAGCAUCCACAUCAAGCUUGACCAAAUCUGCCGGGAUCUGCAAAUACCAUUGAUCUGCAUCAGGUCUUAUGGCCUGGUGGGAUACCUACGAGCCAGCCUGCCAGAGCACACAGUCAUCGAGUCAAAGCCAGAGAACAAAUUGGAGGACCUGAGGUUCAACAAGCCAUGGCCAAAACUUGAGGAGUAUGCAGCUUCCAUGGAUCUUGAGAACAUUGACGACGUCACUCAUCGACAUGUCCCCUAUGGUAUUCUGCUUUUGAAGGCAGUGCAGCAAUGGCAGAAACAGCAUGGGAGUAUUCUGCCUGCGUCAGGAAAGGAGAAAGCGGCAUUUCGAUCCAUGCUCAAGUCAUGGCAGAGGUGUAUAGAUGGGGUUCCUAUCGAGGCUGAAAACUUUGGAGAGGCUAUCAGCAACGCUCACAAACUCUUUUAUCCUCCGACCAUACCCCCUGAAGUGAAGCAGAUACUGGAAGACGAGCGGACAAGCCUGACUGCGAGCUCUUCAGACUUCUGGAUCCUGGCAGCGGCGUUGAAGCAAUUCGUGUAUGACGACAACGGUGGUGAUCUACCGCUCGAGGGCUCCAUUCCAGACAUGACAUCCACAACGGACAUGUACCUGCAGCUGCAGAGGCUGUACCGUGAGCAGGCUGACCUGGACAUCAGCGCUGUUGAGAGGCACAUGCAUGUGCUGCUGAAAAACAUCGGGCGCAGUCCUGCCUCCAUCCCGCGUUCCUCUGUCUCAGCUUUUGUGAAGAAUGCGCGCAACUUGAGGGUUGUGCGAUACCGCACCCUGGAGGAGGAGCUGCAGGCAGAGACAGUGCGAAGCGGGGCUCUGAGGCAGGCGCUGGCAGCCGAAGACACAGUAGCAAAUGCAUCGCUCUACCUGCUGCUGCGCGCGGUGGACCGUUUCCAAGGAACCUACCACCGCUUUCCUGGCACCUUUGAUGGUGAGCUUGAAGAGGAUGUGGCCCUUCUGAAGACAACAAUGGCUUCGGUCGCGGCUGACUCUGGCGUGGGCACGGCCGCUGUGUCUGACGACCUGAUUGAGGAGAUGGUGCGAUUUGGAGCUUCGGAGUUGCACGUUGUUGCUGCCAUCAUGGGCGGGAUCGCUGCUCAGGAGAUCAUCAAGUUCAUCACCCGGCAGUUUGUGCCUGUGGGAGGCACGCUGAUAUACAACGCCAUGGCAAGCACAAGUUCUGUGCUCCGUGUCUGA